GAUUUGCAACCAACAUAAUGCUGAAGCUCCCAACUUGGAACAAGCAUUUCACAGAAUGGCACAAGCAGAACCUAAUCUGGACCAUGACAUAUCAUGGUUCCUCCUUCCGUCAUACUGGGCUAAAAUGCUUGUGGCAUUAAUUUCCUUCCUCUGUUUUGCUAACAGCUAUGAUGGAGAUUUUGUCUUUGAUGAUUCUGAAGCCAUCAUCAAUAAUAAGGACCUCAGGGCAGAAACCCCACUUGGUGACCUGUGGCAUCAUGACUUUUGGGGUAGCAAACUCAGCAGCAAUACCAGUCAUAAGUCAUAUCGACCACUAACUGUCCUAACUUUCAGGAUUAAUUACCUGUUUGCUGGAGGCUUCUACCCAGUUGGUUUCCAUGUCGUCAAUAUAGUACUGCAUUGUACUAUCUCAGUGUUGAUGGUUGAUGUGUUCUCGAUAUUAUUGGGUGGACUGCAAUUCAGUAACAAAGGAAGAAGGCUAAAUCUGGCUCCAAAGACAUCUCUUCUAGCUGCUUUGCUGUUUGCUGUACAUCCAGUGCACACUGAAUGUGUUGCCGGGAUUGUUGGCAGAGCAGACCUACUGUGUGCCCUGUUCUUUUUGUUGUCAUUCCUUGGCUACUGUAAAGCAUUUAGAGAAAGUAAGGAAGGACAUAAUUUUUCUAUAUUCUGGGUGCUGGUGAGUGUUAUCCUAGGUGCGAUAGCCAUGCUGUGCAAAGAACAAGGAAUUACAAUACUGGGUUUGAAUGCAGUGUUUGAUGCACUGGUGAUUAACAAGCUAAAUGUUUUGGAACUUAUUCAAAAGUUACUACAUAAGGACAAGUCAUUGGAGAAUGCUGGGCUGUUACGAAAGGGGCUGCUUUUCAGGAUAACUCUUCUGAUGUCUGGAGGGGUCAGUAUACUUUAUAUACGCUGGAGGAUUAUGGGCACAGGGCCACCGGCUUUCACUGAAGUAGACAACCCAGCUUCAUUUGCAGACAGUCUGUUUGUGAGAGCUAUAAACUAUAAUUACUACUAUUCGUUGAACGCAUGGUUGCUGUUGUGUCCCUGGUGGCUCUGUUUUGAUUGGUCAAUGGGCUGCAUACCCCUCAUUAAAUCCGUUGGCGACUGGAGGAUAAUAGCACUAGCAGCACUUUGGUUCUGCCUAAUUGGUCUGAUAUGCCAAGCUCUGUGCUCAGAAGACAGCCAUAAGAGAAGAAUUCUUACACUGGGACUUGGAUUUCUUAUUAUCCCUUUUCUUCCUGCAAGUAAUCUGUUCUUCCGAGUAGGAUUUGUUAUUGCAGAGAGAGUCAUCUACCUCCCCAGUAUUGGAUAUUGUAUUCUGUUUACAUAUGGAUUUAGUCUCUUGAGUAAGCAAGCCAAGAAAAAGAAAAUUCUUGCUGUGGCAGUACUUGGAAUCUUACUGACAAAUGUUAUGCGCUGUGCACUCCGCAGCAGUCAGUGGAGGUCAGAAGAACAGCUUUUUAGGAGUGCACUGUCUGUGUGCCCUCUGAAUGCAAAAGUGCAUUACAAUGUUGGCAAAAACCUGGCGGACAAAGGAAAUCAAAGUGCUGCAAUCAAAUACUACAGAGAAGCUGUAAGGUUGAAUCCUAAAUAUGUACAUGCCAUGAACAACCUUGGAAAUAUUCUGAAAGAAAGAAAUGAGCUCCAAGAAGCAGAGGAGUUGCUGUCCUUAGCUGUACAAAUACAACCUGAUUUUGCUGCUGCAUGGAUGAAUCUAGGAAUAGUACAGAACAGUUUAAGAAGGUUUGAAGAGGCAGAGCAAAGCUACUGGACAGCAAUUAAACACAGGAAAAAAUAUCCAGAUUGUUACUACAAUUUAGGGCGGUUGUAUGCAGAUUUGAAUCGCCAUAUAGAUGCAUUGAAUGCAUGGAGGAAUGCUACAGUUCUUAAACCAGAGCAUAGUUUGGCUUGGAACAAUAUGAUUAUAUUGCUUGAUAACACAGGCAAUCUAGCUCAAGCAGAAGCAGUUGGAAGAGAGGCCCUGGAAUUAAUACCUAAUGAUCAUUCCCUUAUGUUUUCAUUGGCAAAUGUACUGGGGAAAUCGCAAAAAUAUAAGGAAUCUGAAGCUUUGUUCCUCAAGGCAAUUAAAGCCAAUCCAAAUGCUGCCAGUUAUCAUGGUAAUUUGGCUGUGCUUUAUCAUCGCUGGGGAAAUCUUGACUUAGCAAAGAAGCACUAUGAAGUCUCUCUGAAGCUUGAUCCUAUGGCACCCGGGACCAAGGAAAACUAUAACCUCUUGAGAAGAAAACUGGAGCAAUUGCAAAAGAAAGGCGGUGCCUGA